UAUUUUAUGUUUCAUUUUUUGUGUUAAUAUAGAUGCACCAGAAGAGCUUGUAAAUUCUUUUUUUGAAGUAGAAGUAGAGAUGGAAAAGAAAAUUUGUCGGGAUCUGGUCUGUACUUCUCCCAAAGAUGAAGAAGGUUUUUUGCGUGAUCUCUGUGAAGUUUUACUGUAUUUAUUGCUACCUUCUGGAGACUUCCAUAACAAGAAUAUGAGAUAUUUUUUAAGGGAAAUCCUUGCUAGGGGAAUUCUUCUUCCACUAAUUAAUCAACUUAGUGAUCCAGACUAUAUAAACCAGUAUAUUGUGUGGAUGAUCCGUGACUCUAGUUGUAAACAUGAGGCCUUUAUGAACAUUCUUAAAUUAUCUGACAAAGUUGGAGAACUGGAAGCUGUGAAAGAUAAAGCAAUAGAAGAGUUACAGUAUCUCCGUUCAUUAGACACUGCUGGUGAUGAUAUUAAUCUUAUAAAGAAUCAAAUAAAUAGUCUAAUGUUUGUUAAAAAAGUCUGCGAAACAAGAAUACAAAGAUUGCAGUCAGGAAAGGAAAUUGAUGCUUUGAAACUAGCAGCAAACUUCGGAAAACUUUGCAUAAUUCCUCUGGAACAUAUUUUAGUUCAUAACAUUGCACUACAGUUUUUUAUGGAUUACAUGCAACAGACUGGAGGACAGGCUCACCUCUUCUUUUGGCUAACGGUCGAAGGUUAUCGUGUCACAGCACAGCAGCAACUAGAGGUUUUGUUGAGCUGGCAGAAGGAUGGAAAGAAGCAAACAAACCAGACCAAAGGACUAUUGAAGGCUGCAGCACUUGGAGUUUAUGAGCAGUACCUUUCUGAAAAGGCAUCUCCUAGAGUAGAUGUGGAUGAAUAUUUGGUGGCAAGGUUAGCAGAUAAACUCAGUAAAGAAGAUCCCACGCCUGAUAUAUUUGAUGAUAUCCAAAGAAAGGUAUAUGACAUAAUGCUAAGAGAUGAAAAGUUUUAUCCAUCUUUCAAACUGCAUCCUCUUUAUGUUCGAAUGUUAGCUGAACUUGACAUGUUGAAGGAACCUAGUUACAAGGGGUCAGAUGACGGAGAUGGAGAGUCAUCUAAUGGUUCUCCAACUGGUAGCAUUAAUUUGUCCUUAGAUGAUCUUUCCAACACUAGUGUGGAUGAGUUAACUCAACUUCAUGCAUAUAUUUCUGAUACUGGAGUGUGCAAUGAUCAUGGAAAGACAUACGCAUUAUAUGCAAUCACUGUAAUCCGUAGAAAUCUAGAUGGAAGCGAGGAUACCUGGAAAACAUAUCGACGUUACAGUGACUUCCAUGAUUUUCACAUGCGCAUCACAGAGCAGUUUGAAAACCUCACAAGCAUAUUAAAGCUACCUGGAAAAAAAACAUUUAACAAUAUGGAUAAAGAUUUCCUCGAAAAAAGAAAAAAGGACUUAAAUGCUUACUUACAGUUACUGCUCAAUCCUGAAAUGGUAAAAGCCUGUCCCACUUUGACUCCUUAUGUUUAUGAUUUUCUGGAAAAUAAAAUCUACAGUAAAGGAAAAGGAGAUUUUGCACGCAAGAUGGAUACAUUUGUUAACCCUUUACGCAAUUCCAUGAGAAAUGUCUCCAAUGCUGUCAAGUCCAUUCCUGACAGUUUGGCUGAGGGAAUGACUAAAGUGUCAGACAACAUGGGCAAAAUGUCAGAGCGUCUAGGGCAAGACUUAAAACAGUCAAUGUUUAAGGUUACUCCUUUGAUACAGAAGUCAGAUAUAGAUCCUGUUCACUGCCGUGUCUCUGCACAGCUGGAUGAUAAUGAGAAUGAUAAUAUUCCUCUUAGAGUCAUGCUCCUUCUUAUGGAUGAAGUUUUUGAUCUGAAAGAAAGAAACCAAUGGCUGAGAAGAAAUAUUAAAAAUCUGUUGCAGCAAUUAAUUCGAGCAACUUAUGGGGAUACCAUCAACAGAAAAAUUGUAGAACAUGUAGAUUUUAUGACAUCCCCUGAACAAGUUGCAGACUAUGUCAAGCGUUUCAGAGAUGCCUUUUGGCCUAAUGGAAUCUUAGCAGAAACACCACCUAGAAGAGAUAAACCAAUCCGAAUGAGAACAAGAGUUGCUGCAAAAACCAACCUUUUGGGAAUAAUGCCAGAUGAAUUGAAACACAUUAUUGGUGCAGAUACAACACGAAAAGGCAUAUUACGAGUCUUCGAGAUGUUCCAGCAUAACCAGUUAAACAGAAGGCUUGUCUAUGUUUUAUUAGAAGGAUUCCUGGAAACUCUUUUUCCUCAGUAUAAAUUUCCUGAACUUUUUAUUAAAUUGCAUUCAAGAUCUCAACGAACAGAGAAGUAUUCACAUAAAUUAAAGACUACACAAGGAAGUUCUCUGCAAAAAAGGUGACACAACAGAACACAGAGUUGUGCCCUUAAAAUCUAAUAAAACUGUUAUAAAAGAAAGUAAACAGUCUUUCAGGUUGUAUAGGUUACAAAGAAAAUUGCAAGUGCUAGCAAAUUCUAGGAUGAGAAUAUUCCUUGAACCUUUAUUAAACACUAUCUACAUUAUUUUGGAUGACACACAUUAAAUUGCUGUACUGUCAUGCAACUUUGUCAAGGAGCACUUUAACACAGAAUGAAAUGCUAUGUAUAAACCAAUUCAGCUCAGUGACCUUAGAGCAAAGCAGGAUGAACUGUGCUGAGGUAGCGCUUGAUCUGUCAAAGCCUGUUAAAAGAUUAAAUAAUGAGUGCUGAACACUAUGUAGAAAGUCAAAGCGUGCAAUUAUUAGGAGGAAGUUAAUUCAAAUUGAAGAAAACCACCAAUUUUAUGUGGUAGGACACAAGUAUUUAUUAAUUUUAGUUAGUGUGAUGGUCCAACCAAUCCUGGUAAAAAUGAAUUAUUUUGUGUAAUAUUGGGUUAGGUAUUUUGAUUAUUUUUAAUAUAAAAAGCUACAUUUUGUAGAGGGGAGAGGAUUGAAUGGUGCUUAAAACAGAAUCAUAUCACACCAAACCAUUACAAAUUGUGCAAAUUUAUUCCUUUUUGUUUGGAAAAAUCCAUUACACAGCAAAAAUGAAGAAUGUUUUGAAACACACAUCUGCAAAAAUUGUAAUUGAAAAGAAUUUAAAUGAUUUGCGUUUUCCAUGAAGAUUUGUAUGAGCUUGAUUGUCGUGUUCUAAUAAAGGGAGUGAAGUCAGUGUUAUGCGAGAAACUGACCAUUUUGCUUACAGAGUCUUUCCAUUAUGCAGAAUUACCUGGUGAAAUAAUGUGAAUUGUAGCUCAUGGAAUGACAUUUAGCAAAUAUUUUAUUACAUAAAUGAUUGUUCUUCGAUAGCUUUACAAAUCAAUGCACUUUCUUCCCAAAAGUCUGUGUUAUUGAGAUAAAAUAACAUUCUUAGAUAGAGAAUUAAUUUUGAUACGCUCUUCCAAUGUGAAACACACAAAAGAUUUUAAUUAUUCAGCACUGGAAGCGUUUGUACCACACUACCCUUUCAUCUAGUAAAAAUUCUAGUAAUUUAGUUUGAUUUUGAAAUAUUAUUCUGCAAGGUCAACUUGCGAGCUGUUUUCUUUGUUCAAAAAUAAAGGAAGUUAAAGUUUUUAUAUUUUAAUAUUUGGUCUUAAUUUAAAUAGUUUUAUUUCUAAUAGUGUUACGUACAGUAUUACAGCAUUGUAACUAAAAUAAUGGAGUUAUAUGUAAGACCAACUAACAUGCUACGUAAUCUUAGUUUACUAAGAUUUUGCAAGUGAAGCCAAACUAACAAGUACAUGAACUUGCUUGCUUGUAAUUCUUGGCGACAUUAAUCCCUAGAGAAAGCUUCAGAGUCGUAAACAUGAAGCUUAUGUUACUUCGCUUACUAAAAGCAUACAAUGCUAUGCUUUUCUGAAUGUAACGUUUUCAAACCUAAUGUUUAUAUCAUAUUUUAACCCUCAAAAUUGUUGUUAAGCUUAUUGAUGUGAUCCUAAAACAACUGUGCAGCACUUUGUAGUGGGGAUACUCUAGCAUAGUUGAACAGUAAUUUGUGCCAUUAUUUUAUACAUAUAGCCCAAAAUAGAAAAUAUAGUUAAUAUCAGUAAUAUAUAGGCUGAAACCCAGUUGAAAACUGUCACAGUUAAAAAAGGAAGAAUGCUUUUUUUAGUGACCAACUAAACAGUUUCUUCUGAAAAUAAUUUUGUGCAAUAUUUUGUUUAAUGCAUGUGUAUUUGAUUAAAUAUGUUUUAAUGUUUUGAAAAGUAAAAGCCUUCUAAACCCAACAACCUACAUUCCGUUGUUGUCAUACUGCUUUUAUUUAAGGACUUGUUUUAUAAGUCCUGACUUUUCACUCCUUGUAAGACUUACAAAACUAAAUCUGUUUGUCUAAGCAUGGCUGAUGUAUGGCAAGGAGUAUUUUAAAGAGCACAUUGCUGUGUGUUUGUCCAAGUGUAUGUUUGUGUGCAUGCAAGCACACAUACAUGCUGUAUGAAAGAUCUUGCAUCAUGGGAUAUAUAUUUUUGACCAGUCUUACAUAAAUACUACUCACUGAACAUGCCACAAAUAUGUUUCAUCUACAUGCACAAAAACGUUUUCUUUCUGUGCAUUGUCAUUUUUGAUUGUUCAGCAUGUCAGUCAAUAGAUGUGCAGUAGGAAUGAUAAACUCCUGUGAUGCAGGACUUUGUAUAUAUAUGUGUGUGUGUAUGUAUGUAUGUAUGUGUGUGUAUAUAUAUAUAUAUAUAUAUAUGUAUAUAUAUAUAUAUAUAUGUAUAUAUAUAUAUAUAUAUAUGUAU